CAUUGCACUUAAAAUCCCAAAUUACGAGUAAAAAUCCAAAAUACUCAAAAUGACUUCUCAACUAGUAGCAAACCACCGAGGAGGAGCGGAGAUCUACCACGGCAACUCCUUCUGCAAGCAGAAGUUCCUCGACAUUCUCAAGGAGAUCCGUCUCCCCAUUGGACUUCUGACCCUAGACGACAUCCUUGAGAUUGGCUAUAACCGCACCACCGGCUUUGUCUGGUUGAAGCAGAAGAGGAGGAAAGAGCACAAAUUUCAUGCAAUUGGACGCAACGUGUCUUACGAAACGGAGGUGACGGCAUUCGUGGAGAAUCGUCGGAUGCGACGGGUAACUGGGGUGAAGACCAAAGAGUUUCUAAUUUGGGUCACGAUCUCUGAUAUUUCUAUAGAUCCUACGGAUACUGAGAAAAUAAAUGUUGCUAAUCCGACUGGAAUUUCAAGGACUUUUCCAAUCUCAGCUUUUGGGCUGGAGGAGGGGGGAAAAUUAAUUAAUUGAUUAAUUAGAUUAACCAUUGCGAUUUAAUU